CUCUUUUAGCUUGCUCGAGUUCUAUAUAAAGGAAGCCCCACAACCACCUCUGGAUACAAUAGAAGUAAACUCUCCUCUGUUUUUUCUAAAUUCCGCCAUGAGAACCGAGAUAGAUGGGCUAUGGGUUUUGGCUCUCGCUGCGAAAUGCAGAGCGUUUUCGUCUAAUAACCUCAUCUCAUCUCUGUCCAUCUUAGUCUUAAGUUGGGUAGGGAUGGCUUUCCUCUUCUGGGUUUAUCCAGGUGGUCCAGCUUGGGGAAGAUAUUGGUGGAAAAAAGGAACAAAACCCAAUCCCAUACCAGGUCCACGGGGUCUCCCUGUGUUAGGUAGCAUGAACCUUAUGUCCAGCCUCGGCCACCGGCAACUGGCUGCCGCUGCCGAACGCUGCGGAGCAAAGCGGCUCAUGGCUUUCAGUUUGGGCGAGACCCGUGUCAUAGUGACAUGUAAUCCAGAUGUAGCCAAAGAAAUCUUGAACAGCUCAGUCUUUGCAGAUCGCCCAGUGAAAGAAUCUGCUUAUAGCCUCAUGUUCAAUAGAGCAAUUGGGUUCGCUCCUUACGGCGUUUACUGGCGCACUCUUCGAAAAAUCGCAGCCACCCAUCUCUUCUGCCCCAAGCAGAUCAACAGCUCCUCAGCCCAGAGAUUCCAAAUCGCCAAUCAGAUGGUUUCGAUGUUCGGAAGUUGUAAAGGCGAAAUCCGUGUCCGAGACACACUGAAACGAGCUUCCCUGAACAAUAUCAUGUGCUCUGUGUUUGGAUGCAAAUACGAACUCAAUUCUUCAAACGAGAGUGACGAACUGAGAGGGUUGGUUGAAGAAGGGUACGAACUGUUAGGGAAACUCAACUGGUCCGACCACCUUCCUUGGUUAUCCGGGUUCGACCCUCAAAAUAUCCGGCUCAGAUGUUCCAAACUCGUCCCCAAAGUAAACCAGUUCGUGAACCAUAUCAUCGCCGACCAUAGAACUCAAACAAGUGAGAAUAAGAAAGCAGCCAUCGACUUCGUGGACGUUUUGCUCUCUCUUGAAGGUCCUGCUAAGUUAUCAGAACCCGACAUGAUCGCCGUCCUCUGGGAGAUGAUAUUUAGAGGAACCGAUACAGUAGCAGUUCUGAUAGAGUGGAUACUAGCCAGAAUGGUACUCCAUCCGGAAAUCCAAUCAAACGUCCAGGAAGAGCUCGACAGAGUGGUGGGGAAAUCACGACCGGUGACUGAAGAGGAUGUACAGGCGAUGGUGUAUCUACCGGCGGUGGUGAAAGAAGUCCUCAGGCUACACCCACCAGGCCCACUCCUCUCAUGGGCCCGGUUAGCAAUCACGGACACUACCAUAGAUGGUAGACACGUGCCUUCCGGGACGACAGCCAUGGUUAAUAUGUGGGCCAUUAGCAGAGACCCAGAGGUGUGGUCGGACCCACUGGAGUUCAAACCCGAUAGGUUCCUCACGAAAGAAGCUGAAGUGGAGUUCUCUGUCUUAGGGUCAGACCUGAGGCUAGCCCCUUUUGGUUCAGGUAGGCGGGUCUGCCCGGGAAAGGCUCUAGGAUUAACCACAGUCAACUUUUGGAUGGCUUCAUUGUUGCACCGGUUCGAGUGGUUGGAAUCAGACCAAAACCCGGUUGAGUUAUCUGAGGUGCUGAAGCUGUCCUGUGAGAUGGCCAAUCCUCUAACUGUGAAACUGCGGCAUCGGCUUGUGUAAAGGCAAAGAAAAGCACAUUUAUGACAAUUGCCUUAUCUUGUGU